AUGGCCAUCCUCUCCGAAGACCGAUUUCUCGCGCGCGUCGGUCUCUCGACGUCAGUUUCUGAGCCAGCGUUCGGGGGCCAGGGAGGGAGCGAUGCGAGUAUCAAGGGGAAAUUCAUAAAUCUGGUUACGAGUGUGCGGACGUUGUUGAGGAGUAAGAAUAGUACCAUUGAUAGCGGUCAACAUAACAAUUAUACUGUAUGA